CUUAUUCGCCCGUUCAGAGUCACGUGACCCGUCAAUCGUUUCUGGGAGGGGGCGCGUGGGCCGCAGUCCCAAGAUGGCGGCCACCCGCUACCGGCGGUUUCUGAAGCUCUGCGAGGAGUGGCCGGUGGAGGAGACCAAGCGGGGCCGGGACCUGGGCGCCUUCCUGCGGCAGCGGGUGGCCCAGGCCUUCCGGGAGGGGGAGAGCAGCCAGAUUGCUGACCCUGCAAACUGUGACCAAAUGUAUGAAAGUUUAGUCAGAAUCCACACCAAUUUCUAUAAAAACAAGUAUCCACGCCUAAAAGAUACGAGCUUCACUGGAGUCACAGUGGAAGAAUGCAAGCUGAUCCUAGCAACAGCAGCAAGCCUCUUAGAGAAAAAUGAGUGCUGCUAUGCACAAAUACACUCUGCCUGUGUAUUUACCAGGUGCAGUUGUAGUUUUGCUCUGCUGUGGUUCCUAUCUUUAACUGCAGCGUCUGGAAACUGACUGUUUGUUGUUGGGCAUGGCAAGGAUUGCCCCUGUGUUUGUUUGGAUGAGAAAAGAAGCUUGCCUCCAGGCACUGAAAUACAAAUUAGAAAUACUCAUUAGCUUGGAGAAGUCAGACAGGGGAGUCUGUUGAACAGAAAUCUCAUCUGCUUUUCUGUCUUCCCUCUUCUUCCCCCAAUUGCAGACAGCGGGAAACAGAUGGAGGAAAUGAAAAAAGGUAAAUG